AUGGAGCCGGAAGAGACACCACAGGGACACGGCGCCAGUUUGGCACAAACUGCCGCCUCCAAACUCUCCCAGAUGGGUGAAAGAACUAAACAACUGGGCAACACUGUAAUCCAAGACCCAGAGCGGCAGAAGCGGAUUAUUCUCGUAAUAGUCUGUACAGCACUAUUGUUAGACAACAUGCUUUACAUGGUGAUUGUGCCAAUUAUACCCGAUUACCUGGAAGGCCUUCAGAAGGCAGCGGAUCGAGCCCAAGACGCAGUUGUGUACAUCAACUCCACCAACAGCACCAUCCAUAGAGCCCCUAAAGGGAACUUCGACCUCCAGAUCGGGGUUCUGUUCGCCUCCAAGGCCAUCCUGCAGCUCCUGGUGAACCCGCUCAGUGGCACCUUCAUCGACAGGGUCGGGUAUGAUAUCCCGCUCUUCAUCGGACUAACUGUCAUGUUCCUCUCCACUGUCACAUUUGCCUUCGCCGACAAUUACGCGACCCUGUUCCUGGCGCGCAGCAUGCAGGGCCUCGGCUCGGCUUUCGCGGACACUGCAGGCAUCGCCCUCAUCGCAGACAAGUACACGGAGGAGAAGGCGAGGAGCAAAGCGCUGGGUAUCGCCUUGGCCUUCAUCUCUUUUGGGAGUCUCGUGGCGCCCCCCUUUGGAGGGGUGCUCUAUCAGUUCGCAGGGAGGCGGGUGCCCUUCAUGAUCCUGGCCUGCAUUUGCCUCAUAGAUGGCCUGUUGGUGCUGAUUGUGCUGAAACCCUUCUCAAACCGAGAGAGAGAAAACAUGCCAGUGGGAACUCCCAUAUAUAAACUGAUGAUUGACCCAUAUAUAGCUGUAGUGGCUGGUGCUCUGACUAUUUGUAACAUCCCUCUCGCCUUCCUUGAGCCCACCAUCGCCAACUGGAUGGAGGAAAACAUGCAUUCCAGCCAGUGGGAGAUCGGCAUGACAUGGUUCCCUGCAUUCUUCCCUCAUGUUUUAGGUGUAUAUCUCACUGUCAAACUAGCAGCCAAGUACCCUCAUCUCCAGUGGUUUUAUGGGGCUAUAGGUAUGGUGUUCAUAGGCGCCAGCUCCUGCACGGUGCCAGCCUGUAAAAACUUUGGACAGCUCAUGAUCCCGCUGUGCGGAAUCUGCUUCGGCAUCGCCUUCGUGGACACGGCGCUCCUGCCCACACUGGGUUUCCUGGUGGAUGUGCGACACGUGUCGGUGUAUGGGAGCGUGUACGCCAUCGCAGACAUCUCCUACUGUGUGGCCUACGCGCUGGGGCCCGUGGUGGCCGGACAGAUAGUGCACGACCUGGGCUUCGUUCAGCUCAACUUGGGCAUGGGCCUCGCCAAUAUGCUUUACGCACCGGCGCUCCUCCUGUUGAAGAACGUGAUGCAGAUGAAGACUUCGCACUCCGAGAGAAACAUGCUCCUAGAGGACGGCCCGACCGGACUGUACGACACAAUUAAGAUGGAGCAGCGGGAGAAGAAGAGGAAGGGUUUGUGUACAACCCUCGACGAGAAUGGUGUUGAAACCUUCGCGCAACGGUCGUAUUCAGAGGAGGAAUCUUCGGGAGGAGAGUAUGCGUAA